CUGCUAUGGCAUUUACAAAUGGGUUAAGGCUGCUCCUCGCCAGCUUGCUGCUGUCGCUGGUCUGUGGUGCAGAGGCCAACAGCUGCAACAGCUCCAGCAGCACUCGCGUCACUUACAUGCAGCAGCCGAGUCACAUUCUGCAUCGCCAGAAGCGUUGGCUAACCUUUGAGCUGGGCUCCUCCAUGACGCUGACAGCCAACUGUGCCAAGGCCGUGCUGGAGACCAUACCCAGAGGCCUGCUUUGGCUGGCCGAGGCAACGAGCAUCUACGAGCUACCUGCGGCUGUUGAGGAUUGGAUACCACGACGUGUGGGCAAGCCAAAAGUUAAACCAGCUCCGGUACCACCACCACCACCGCCUCCUCCUCCGCCGCCACCACCUCCUCCUCCAUCCUCCGCCUUUGCCCUGCAACCACAAACUGUUGUUGUGCCGCUCAGUCCAACGGAUCCCAUACAAUCCUUUUACUUUGCCUAUCCGCAAGGCCUACCCACACAGAAUCGUCGCAAGUCCUUUGCCCAUCAAAUGCAGGCAGGCUGCCCGGCCUCGCAUCUGGUCAAGGAUCCGUAUGGCACCUUCUACUGUCGCCCAUCGGCCAUGUCCCGACGCCUGCGACGCGAACUGCAGCGCAAUGGAGUCAAAGUGCUGAACGAGAGUCAGAGUCCGCACAGCAUGCUCUUCGACAUGGUCAGCCUGCUGGCCACCAUGUAUAAUUACGAUCCAAAUUAUUGCAUCAUGCGAACGCUGUGCGAGGCCCGUCUGCUGCUGGCUCCGCCCGGUCUGACGCUCUUCCAUGAUAUUUUCCGCAUAAUGCUGCGCUAUGUGCAUCCGGAGAUUGCCCAUAAACCCAAAUAUCGGGAGGCCUUCACCGCCGGACACACGCUCCACGAGUGCGCCAGUCUGUACGGGCCGCACUGUCGUCAAAGUUUUUUGCUGCUGCUCACGGAGCCAUUUCGGCAGAAAGCGGCACAUUAA